AUGUAUCAUCCAAGAGAGCUGUACCCCUCCCUGGGGACCGGCUACCGCCUCGGGCCCCCCCAGCCCGUGACCGAGCCCAGCUUCCCGCCCGCCCUGGCAGAGGGGUACCGCUACCCUGAUUUGGACACUCCCAAACUGGAUUGCUUCCUCUCCGGGACUGAGGCUGCUCCCCGCACCCUGGCGGCUCCCCCACCUCUUCCCCCCCUGCCCCCAGCCCUGGGCGCUGAGCCAUCUCCUCCGGCCCCAGAGGCCCUUCACUCUCUCCCUGGAGUCAGCCUGAGCCUGGAGAACCAGGAGCUGUGGAAAGAGUUCAAUUCUGUGGGAACAGAGAUGAUCAUCACCAAAGCUGGGAGACGCAUGUUCCCUGCUUGUCGAGUGUCCGUCACUGGCCUGGACCCCGAGGCCCGCUACCUGUUCCUUCUGGAUGUGGUGCCAGUGGACGGAGCUCGCUACCGUUGGCAGGGCCGGCGCUGGGAGCCCAGCGGCAAAGCCGAGCCUCGCCUGCCUGACCGUGUCUACAUUCACCCCGACUCCCCCGCUACCGGCGCCCACUGGAUGCGGCAGCCUGUGUCUUUCCAUCGUGUCAAGCUCACCAACAGCACCCUGGACCCUCAUGGCCACCUGAUCUUGCACUCCAUGCACAAGUAUCAGCCCCGCGUGCACCUCGUGCGGGCGGCACAGCUUUGCAGCCAACAUUGGGGGGGCGUUGCCUCCUUCCGCUUCCCUGAGACCAUGUUCAUCUCCGUGACCGCCUACCAGAACCCACGGAUCACACAACUGAAGAUUGCAGCCAACCCUUUUGCCAAGGGUUUCCGGGAGAAUGGCAGGAACUGUAAGAGGGAGCGAGAUGCCCGUGUGAAGAGGAAACUGCGGGGCCCAGAGCCAGCAGCCGCAGAGGCCUAUGGGAGUGGAGAUGCACCAGGUGGUCCCUGUGACUCCACCCUGGGCGGGGAUGUUCGUGAGCCAGACCCAGAGCAGGCCCCGGCGCCCAGGGAGGCUGCCCCGGCCCCGGCCCCUCUGUGCGGCGGCUCCAGUGCCGAGGCCUACCUCCUGCACCCUGCAGCUUUCCACGGGGCUCCCAGUCACCUUCCAGCCCGGAACCCCAGCUUCCCUCAGGCUCCAGACUCGGGGCGCCCAGCCCCCUACUCGGCUGCGUUCCUAGAGCUGCAGCCUGGGCCAGGAAGCUCAGGAUACCCAGCAGCUGCACCCCCAGCACCCUUUGCCUCACAUUUCCUCCAAGGGGGCCCCUUGCCCUUACCUUACCCGGGGGCCUAUCUGGAUAUGGGCUCCAAACCAAUGUACUGA